AUGUCGAAGGUGAUGCGAAGCGUCAAAAAUGUGACCAAGGGGUACUCUUCUGCCCAGGUAAAAGCCCGUGAAGCCACGAGCAAUGAGAACUGGGGCCCCUCGUCGAGUCAGUUGUCCGAAUUAGCACAGAUGACAUUCAACACAGCCGGAGAGUUCCACGAUGUCAUGGAUAUCGUUGAUCGAAGGUUGAAUGACAAAGGAAAGAACUGGCGUCACGUGCUGAAGGCUUGCAAAGUGCUGGAUUAUUGCUUGCAUUCCGGCUCCGAGAUGGUUGUGACGUGGGCGCGGCAGAACAUCUACAUCAUCAAGACGCUCCGCGAAUUUCAGUACAUUGACGAGGAUGGCCGCGAUGUUGGCCAGAACGUGCGGGUUGCUGCGAAAGAGCUCACAUCCCUCAUCCUCGACGAAGAACGACUCCGGGCCGAACGAAGCAAUACGAAGUCGUGGCGGUCACGGGUGACUGGCCUGGAGGACUACGCACCCCAGUCCCCCGAAGCGGCGCCGCCGCGACGCCCUCGCGAUAGACAGACGACGAAUGAUGAAGAGGAUGCCGAGUAUCGUCUGGCCCUCGAAGCGAGCAAGUACCAGGAGGAAGAGGACAGGAAGAAGCGGCAGGGACUGCAGAAUGAUGACGUCGACGAUGACCUGGCCAAAGCCAUCAAGCUUAGCAAGGAAGAGGAGGAGAGGAGGCGUCGCGAGGAGACCAACGCGACGUCUCUGUUCGACGACGGACCUGUGCAGACGCCACAGCCGCAGCACACCGGCUUCAACCAAGGAUAUCAACAGGGCAACCCCGUCGAUUUCUUCGCCAACCCCAUCGACCAGAACCAACUGCAGACGCAGCCGACGGGGUACAUGCCCGGCGCGUACACGGGAUUCCAGCAGCCGCAGCCGACGGGCUUUCAACCCGGCUACAACAAUGCCUUUGCCGUGCAGCCAGGAGUGGGCGUGGACCCCUACGGCCAGCAGCAACAGAACAUGCUGGCCUUCCAACCGCAGCCGACGGGCUUCAAUCCCUACGCGCAGCAGCAGCAGCAGCAGCAGCAGCCACAAAUCCAGCCGCCGCUUCCUUCCGAACCUGUCCUCCAGCCAGGCAGCAACAAUCCGUGGGCGACGAACAAGGGUCAACAGCAGCAGUCCUUGGCCCCUACGCCCACGGGUUCCAACAAUCCGUUUGCCCAGUUCGGCCGCCCUCAGUCGGCGAAGCCGGCGACGUCCAACCUUGGCUCGCUGCCGGAGCAGAAGACGCUAUCGACCUUCAACCAGCAGCCGCAGCAGCAGCCGCAGCAGCAGCCGCAGCUCCAACAGCAGAAGCCGGGCCUCGGUCGGCACCAGUCGUUCAACACGCCUCAGAAUGGUAUGAGCGAGUACGAAUCCAAGUUGAACUCGCUACUCGCCACGGGCGAUGGCAUGGAUACGUACGGCAACACGGGAGACCUUCGCAUCCCGGCCCAGCACACGGCUCCGGGAACGUUUGCCAACAGCGCCGGGUCGGGCGUCCAGAGGCUCGCGCAAGAUGCGACGGGUGCCAACCCCUUCAUGCGGCAGCAGUACACGGGCAUGCCCAACGUCAGCUACGGGAGUCAAGUUUCCAACGCGACUGGACCUGCUGGGAUGAACGGCCAGGGAGGCAACCCAUUCGGGACCCAACGGCCACCGCAGCAUCCGCAGAGCAACGACUUGAUUCAGUUCUGA